AUGCUCAUCGGCCCAAUCGACUUCCCCGGCACGCCAGAGGGGCAGAUAAGCUUCUCUGCUGAGGCUUACGGCGGCACUGCGGCAGUUAAGGAAGCCGCUAUGAUGACCGUGGCGGGCAGCGCGAGGCUGUACCAGGCAUCAUCCUCUGCGUGGAGCGAGCCUAGAAUAGGGCGCCUGCAUCUACUUGGCAAGCGCCUCCGCUUCAGCGUGGACCUUUCCAGGGUCGAAUGCUCGUGUAAUGCUGCAGUGUACCUCGUGAACAUGCGCACGGCGUCAUACUGUGACGCCAACACUGCACCGUCGUGCACGGAGCUUGACCUCCUCGAGGCCAACUUGCACGCGAUGCAAACAGCCGUGCACACCACCACGGGCAUAGGACGCGACGGGACUUGCAACCAGGACGGGUGCACUGCCGGUGUCGGAAGCAGCCCUGCGGCUGCAAGCGCUGGGGCUCGCGCUUUCUUUGGCAUUGGCGGACGAAUCGACACCCUCGCGCCGUUUGACGUAGUGGCUACCUUUGAGUCCUCGGGCCAGCUUGGCCUUAGCCUUGAGCAGUCCGGGCAGACAGUUCAAGUAUAUGACUCGUCACAUGCUGGAAAUGCGCCCGGGUCCCCGCCACUCACUCCGGAGGACAUCGAAGCCUCACGCCGAGCGCUGGAGGAUGGAAUGACGCUGGUGGUCUCGCUUUGGCAGUCGCCUCAGAUGGAGUGGCUCGACGCUCCUUCUUGGCCACUCGUGGCCCUUGGCAACGCCAACCCGGCGACCACAUUUUUCGGUGCAGCGUUGUCGGCGCUCGUGGUUGCUAUCUUUUGCCGCCGUACCAGCACGAGACGCGUUGUCUCGUUCCGCAACUUUGACGGUCGGGCGGCGCGGUACGGCCGUGCGAUCUCGUCGGAAGAGACGACCAUCUGGGGCAGUAAGAGAGGGUCUCUGAGCACUGCCACGGUGCCAGGCAGCGCUUGA